UCGUCAACAAGGCCAAGUUGGCAACAUGUCUGCGGCAUUAUAGGAAUGACGACAGAAGGCUCGCGGCCUUUAUUGGCGCCUCAAACUCGUCGGCUACGGCAUCUGCAAGGUGUAUACCUGCGCAACCUCACCUUCGCCCGACCGCGCGGCCAUACAAUUGACGAUGCGACUCUGAAUAAGACUCCAGAGAAGCUUGAAUCUCUGAGGAGAUCUCUCCAUGAACCCUCGUUGCAACACUCGGCGUCUUCAGAUGAUUUGAAUGCCAACAUCCGGCCAAGUGGGAGGCGGAGGAGAAGCACAAUAUGGGCUGGGCAAAGCCCUGACUACAGGCAAAGGAAGCUGGAAGACGUCAUUGACAAUGGGAUGGUCGAUGCCUUCUUUUCGUUGCAUUGUGCAGGAGAAGAUGAGCCAAUAUACAUAUCUGAGGUUACUGAAAAGGCUAUGAACCCAAAUUUUCGAUUCUUUGAUCUCACUAAUUAUGGGCCUUCUAUAACACGGUUAUCGAGAUUUACAAUUAAAUUCUGGGUGAAGCGGAAAGAGUACUCGUUGUUCCUCGAACAGGAAAUUGAACUUGGCUCCCUGCAUUUCCUCGGAUCAUUGAAUAAUCGCCAACUUCCACCUAACUGUGUUAUUAUUCACCUCAUCGAUGGUAUCUAUGCUUUAGACCUACCAUCGGUUACCCUUCCACCAAAACACCUCCCGCCUGUUUCCACAUCUUCAUACAGCGCUUUGAUGCGGCUAUCCAGUCUGGAUGACUCUAUACAAGAUGCUUUGGCUACACGCGAGCGACUUGCGGCUCAAAUAAACACUAUACUACAAGAGCAGCCUGUGGACGAAACGCCCCUGGCAGAAGAAGAGGCGGCGCUGGCUGCGAAGUACCUGAAAUCAGAGCAAAGGCUUGUGAAGCUCGCCAUCAAACAGCGUGACGAGCUUCAAGCUUCAAUUGCCGCAAGGCGGAAAGCAAUAGACGAAGGCACCAAGUCACAAGCCCAGGCAGAAAUAGAACUAGAAUCUAUCCAGCAGCAAGUGGAAGAAAUGAUGGUUGCCCAGCAAGCGAACACAGAGCAGAUACAUGGUCAGCGCCGGCGAAUAUGCGAGGAAUUGCUCCAUAUAUUCCCCAUUGAACCGACUGCACGAUCUCUGACCUUCACAAUCUGCGGAUUACUACUUCCAAAUACAUCAUUCGACGAUUCCGACGAGGACGUCGUUGCUGGAGCCCUUGGCCAUGUUGCCCGAUUAGUCGACAUGCUCCAAUAUUACCUAUCGGUACCUAUCCCGUACCCAGUCAUGCCGUACGGAUCUCGCUCCAUCGUGCGCGACGAAAUCUCCACGCUAGUGGAUAUACAGCGUACAUUCCCGCUGUAUGGCAAAGGGACCAUCCGUUUCAGGUUCGAGUACGCCGUCUUCCUGCUCAACAAAGACAUUGAAUGCCUCGCCGAGAGCCAGGGUCUCAAACUUAUCGACAUCAGACACACGCUGCCGAAUCUCAAAUACCUGCUGUACGUCUGCUCUGCCGGCACAGCGGAGCUCCCCGUCCGGAAAGCCGGAGGCAUUCGCGGACUUCUCGCUGGGAAAGUGACGCCCCUACCGAGCAGGAGGGGAAGCGAAGAGGGGUUAGCAGACGCGGCACGGAAGGCCCUGGAGCACGGCAGCAGCGCGAACGGUGGGACAAAGGGGAAUUUGAGUUUACAGCUCCCCUUUGGCGCAGAGCCGACGACGAGCUUAAGGACGCGAGGGCUGCGGGAGAACCGGGCGCGCUGAGGUUGGACGGUGGUGCCUGGUGUAGCAUAAGCGCAUGUGCUGCUCGUGGAUUUUGGGAUUGUUUCUAUUCUUAUCCACCACGAGCUUGUGCGACCAGGGAUAGGGGCACAUGCAGAUUACCGGGAUGGGGAUGCAUUUGACUGUAUGAAGCUUAAUUUAACACUCUUUAAAACAUGUGGUGAUGGAGAACGUGAGGCAUGAUGAUGCGAGCCUGUGCGGGGGUAACGGCCCGAUUGAGAAGGUCUUUCCCUUCCGUGUCCCCAAUUCACAGGGACGGUUUGACGAUGGUGAUCGUGUGUCUUGGAUGGGAGCACAGCACGUGGGAGUUAGUUCUGUGUCGACUUCGGGAACGGAAACAGGAAACGCAACAGGGUCUCAUGUGGAGAGCCGCAGGAGGGUAGAUAUUACAUUUGGGACAGGGUGCACAGGGCUGAAACAUGGGGUUGUGGCACCGGGUGGGGCAGAAUGUGGUGGGCUCAACUUGUGGUUUCGUAAAGCUGGAGAUGCAUCCACUUCCAGCACUCUAACAACGGACGUGCUGGGAACCGCAAGAGACUGCGGGCGUGUGGAGUGUCCAACUGCCGGCCAACAACAGAGAGGAUGAAGUCAGCCUCUCCUGGGCACCGCGUCCAGACGUACCAAUCAGCCCGACAGCGUUACACCAGCGGUUACAGGCGUCUGCGCCUCCUCGUUUACAAUCAUACUGUUCGUCGUCCAUAUGUGUACUCUACUCCAGGCAACGAGUGAGCGGGAUAGGAAGCAGCCUAGUUGGGGAGAUAUUCUGAGCGAGAUGAUAGAAACCGGAUUUGUACGGUAUGAUAUGUACGACAAAGCUCAUACUGUACUGCUGCUCCUGGUGUUGACGUCGAUGAGAGUGAUGUCUGAAUGAAGCCCAUCUCUAUGGGGUCACAGAGAAAGUUGUUCUGUGACAGAGCUGUACUAUCCCAAACUGCU